UUCUCCUCUCCCCAAUUGGAUGCGCCGCGGUUUGCACUCGUUCCCUCCCAGGUUCUUUCUGGGCCCGGCUUGGUUUUCUCCUUCCUUUCGAGGGCUCCCCAAAGAAGCGAGCUCCCGAGCCCCAGCCGCCGCGCUGUUAGGGUAGGUCGCGAUCCUGAAAGUGCGCCCGAUCCCCUCGGAGCGUGGAGGAACUUUGCCCGGGUGAAUAAGUUGCAACGAGUUCCUUCGCUUAAAAAAAAGCGAACUUGCCCGGGAACUUGCGGUGGUUUGUUGCUGUUUUUUCCCGCCCCUUCCGAUAUUGAAAAGUAGCUUGCAUGCUUGUUUUUUUCCAUUUAGGAGAACCUCUAUAACUCAGAGGAAAUUCCCCUCCCCCCAAAAAAAUUAUCUUUUCUUUACGUCUAGUAUCUACAACCGAUUUACCGUGGGGGGGGGGGGAAGAAAUACUACGAACCGACGAGAUGUAUUAAUGACUGCUAUUGUAAAUGUUUUAUUAAGAGGUAAAAAAAAAAACCAUAGCGAGUACGUUUUAAAUCUGCUUAAUACAAGCUUCCCUCGAAGUUCAUUUUCCUCGAAAGGGAAAAACCAAAAAAAAAAAAAGAAUUGGCGGCGCGCAAGACUCCGAAGUGGCUUUCUUUCCCCUCUCCGCCCUUGGGCUGGAGGGGUAGCGGGGAGGAGGAGCGCCAUUUAUCAACAUUGGGGACAGGUGGCUCUUUCGAAAGAGCGAGCGAGACCUUGGCUCGGAAAGUGAUGGUUGCUGGGCGUUUUCCACCUCGCAUGUGGAGAAAUUACAGUCGGGUGGAAAACCACAGCCUUAACCUAACCUUCAGCAGAACGGUGCGAAGGGGACGCAGAAUGGAGUUUUACAACUGGGAGGAAGCAGGGUUUCAGCCCACUUAGUUGAAAGAGGGUUUAAAUAAAUAAAUAAAAAAAGAAGUUCCCUAGCACUCUUGAAAGGCUCACAAAUGCAAUCCAGGGGCCAAAGUGAACUUUCUCAGAUGCACAAAAGGAUGCUUUGCGUUAUCGAGGGUAAUUGUGAAGGAGCCAAUUGCGCAAAGGGCAAGAAACAAAAUGCAAAGUGUAAAUUGUGAGAUGCUCAGCUAGAGUUUCAAUAGAUGGGAGAGUAAAUUUGUCCAAGCAGCCGUGCAAACUUCCUGUUGGUGGUAAUCUGGCUAUCAGCUCUGGCAGGUUUCAGAGCUUCAUUUUUAGACCACUACAUCCUUUGUAAGCCUGAAGCCACCACUCAAGAAACUUACCUCCCCCACCCCCACCCUGUGAUGACUGCAAGCAACAGUGAUCUACAUUGGGCCUCCUAGCUUACCUGAGAUGUUGAGCUUUGAAAGUUGGUAACCAGAUGAUCAGCGAUAAGAACAGUGAAAGUGUUGGUGGUAUGUUGGUGCUAACUGGACAUGGCAUAAUUGGCUCCAGAUAAUGAGGGGAAGAGACACCUAUCAAAGAGAAAUGCGAACAGAACUGCACACGGCUGGAACUUAUAUCAUAUGUACAGAGAAAGUCCCUUAAAUGUCUGGAAGGUUUCAAAUGUUGUCUGAAAUGCUAAGGAGGAAACUUCGUCACUGUGGUAUCCUACGGUUUAAGCCGCUUUGGGUGUUAGUUUGUACAGUUGGAAUCUGGUCUUAUAUUACAGUUCACCAGAAACCAACCUACCAAGAUUAUGAGCAUUUGGAACUGACUGGUGAACAUCCUAAUGGAGUAAACUGUUCCAAGAUACUAGAGGGUGACACAGAGGAAAUUCAAAAAGUAAAGCUUGAGCUGUUAACAGUCUCCUUUAGGAAAACCCCCAAAAUGACUCCAAAUGACUAUAUCAACAUGACAGUUGAUUGUGCCUCCUUUAUUAAAAGGCGGAAAUAUAUUAUGGAACCUCUUAGUCAAGAAGAAGCAGAAUUUCCCAUUGCAUAUUCAAUAGUGGCUUAUUAUAAAAUCAAUAUGCUUGAGAGACUUCUGAGAAUCAUAUACGUUCCUCAAAACUAUUACUGCAUUCAUGUUGACAAAAAGUCCCCGGAGUCUUUCUUGGCAGCGGUGAAAGGGAUUGCAUCAUGUUUUCACAACGUCUUCAUUGCCAGCCAAUUGGAAAGUGUAGUGUAUGCAUCAUGGAACCGGGUACAAGCUGACCUCAACUGCAUGAAGGAUCUCUACAGGAGAAAUGUGAGCUGGAAAUACUUGAUCAAUCUCUGUGGCACAGAUUUCCCAAUCAAGACCAAUCAAGAAAUUGUGGAGAAGUUGAAAGCCCUCAAUGGUGAAAAUAGUUUAGAAACAGAAAAAAUGCCUUCAAACAAAGAGGUGAGAUGGAAAAAACAUCAUGAAAUAGUUGAUGGCAAGGUGAAAAAUAUGGGGAUAGACAAACAGCAUCCACCUCUCGACACACCCAUUUUCUCUGGAAGUGCCUAUUUUGUUGUUAAUAGGAAAUUUGUGGAAUAUGUAUUAGAGAACAGCAAAAUUCUUGCUUUUAUAGAAUGGGCUAAAGACACGUACAGUCCUGAUGAAUACUUAUGGGCUACAAUUCAGCGAAUCCCUGAAGUUCCUGGUGCAGUCUCUGCCAGUGACAAAUAUGAUGUUUCCGAUAUGAAUGCCGUUGCCCGGUUUGUGAAAUGGCAUUACUUUGAGGGGGAUGUAUCCAAGGGUGCUCCUUACCCACCUUGCAAUGGAAUUCACGUCCGUUCUGUAUGUGUCUUUGGAGUCGGAGACUUGAGCUGGAUGUUACGGAAACAUCAUUUUUUUGCCAACAAAUUUGAUACUGACGUUGAUCCUUUUGCAAUUCAGUGUCUGGAAGAGCAUUUACGAGACAAAAUGCUACAACAGCGCAGACACUAAUAUGCAGUGUUCUUUUUAUGGUACACGUUUUAUUUGAUUAAAUUGGCAGAAAAGAGAUGGAAAAUAAGAUACGCCUUUUUUUGUUUUUAAACAAAGCUUGUAGGGUGAUUAUCUAGCUGAUGGUGUCCCCUGAGCUUUCUUAAUUCUAUUAUUUUUUUCAUAAAAUAGUUCUAUUACAAAAAUUCUCUUGCAAAAGGCCAUGAAACAAGAUCCUCCAGUUUACAACUGAAAGACUUACAUUCAGUUCACCUCUCCUCUGUAUCCUUUAAAGAAUUCUAUUAGAAAUCAAAUAAUCUGAUCCUUAGUUUGUGCAGCCACUAAGAUACUUUCCUUAGUGGAAAAUGGACAAUUUUGAGGACAGUAAGGAGACAGAACUAAAUAGUCAUGGUGGAAAAGAUCUCAGAUUCAGGGAAAUUUAUGAGAUUAUGGAACUGGAAUUUGAAGUAUAUUUGUGUCUCUCUGGUCAAAUUAUUGAAUUCUGUUUCCCCCCCUUUUUUUUUUAAACUACCAGCAAUAUUUACAUAUACAUAUAUACACAAAACACAUGGAAGUUGUUCUUUUCUAAGCUUAAUUUUUCGGAUAGACUGUAUUCAGUUUUGUAUAGAAGUUUUGUCUACAGAAAUGUAGCAGAAGCCUCCCAGUUAAAAUAUUCUCAGGGAAAUAAAAUGUAUGCCUGUUUGUGUUCAUUUUAAUAUAA